GUAACAGAUCAUGUUAUCGGUCCUCAAGGCUUACUCGCAACCAAAGCGCGCGUUCUUGUCACUAACAGCAUCUCGUACCUCAAGUAUUUCGAUCAACUUGUUUACCUGCGCCGCGGUAUUAUCUUGGACAGUGGCUCGUACGAUGAGUUGAUGUCGAAUCCGGAUAGUGAAGUGCGCAAGCUUGUUCACGGUCAUGCUACGAGCGGUUCCAACUCUGGAACGACCACACCUGGACGGUCCAGCGGCAUGUCCACUCCCACUACAAGCGAGGGGGACAUGCAAGCCACCCUUGUUGGAGAACUUGAAUCUGUAUCAGAGAAGGUAUCGCGUAGAGAAAGUUUCACAAAAGCUGUCCUCGCUAUGCCGCCCAAGCUGCGCGACGCGUCUUCCGAUGGCAUCACGAAAGAGCACAGUGAGCAGGGCCGCGUCAAGAUGGAAGUGUACUCGCAGUACCUCCAAGCAGCGUCGAAAAAAGGGCUUUGGGGCGAGCAUAACCGCGAGAUGGGUGCCAACGCGGGAUUGACCGACAAGUAUUUCCUGGGAUAUGGUCUGUCCAAUUUGAUGGCCAUUUGCUUAGGCGCAUGUGCUGCGCUUCUGAUUUGGGUUUUCUGCUCGCUUCGGAGCUCAAAGCACCUUCAUGAUUCGAUGCUGCAUUCGGUCAUGCGUGCGCCCCUCAGCUUUUUUGAGACAACGCCAACGGGACGUAUCUUGAACUUGUUUUCUCGUGAUACAUAUGUUGUCGAUCAAAUACUGGCGCGAGUGAUCCAAAAUCUGAUACGCACAAGCGCGGUUUGCGCUUCUAUUUUAUUGGUCAUCGGGUUCAGCUUCCCGCCCUUCUUGAUCGCCGUCGUUCCUCUGGCAUGGUUCUACUACAAGAUCACCGUGUACUAUCUCGCGACGUCACGGGAACUCAAGCGUCUGGAUGCGGUGUCCCGCUCACCCAUCUUUGCGUGGUUCUCGGAAUCCCUGGCUGGAAUUUCGACUAUCCGGGCGUACGAACAACAAGCCGUUUUCAUUGCGAACAAUGCUCGUCGUAUUGAUCGCAACCAGUUGUGCUACCUUCCUAGUACUGCCGUCAAUCGAUGGCUUGCAGUAAGAUUGGAGUUCGUUGGAGCAGUGAUCAUCUUCGUCACUGCUGUUUUGGCUGUCUCUGCCGUCAUGACCAGCAACGUUGAUGCAGGAUUGGUCGGUCUAGUUCUGUCAUAUGCUUUGAACACAACAGGUUCACUGAACUGGUUCGUCCGCUCCGCAAGUGAAGUAGAACAGAAUGUGGUUAGCGUCGAGCGUAUUGUCCACUACGCCAAAGACCUUGAGCCAGAAGCUCCUUACGAGAUCCCUGAGAAUAAGCCCAUCUCUGAGUGGCCCACAGCUGGGGAAGUUGAAUUCCGGGACUACUCAGCACGGUAUCGGCCCGGGCUUGAUCUAGUCCUCAAGGAUAUUUCCAUGACCAUAAAACCGAAAGAGAACAUCGGAAUAUGUGGCCGGACUGGGGCAGGGAAAUCAUCGCUUCUUCUUGCCCUCUUCCGGAUCAUCGAGCCUGCAUCCGGAGCUAUCUUCAUUGACAAAGUAGACAUUACCAAACUUGGCUUGCAUGACUUGCGGUCCGCGAUAUCCAUUGUUCCUCAAAACCCAGAUUUGUUUGAGGGACAUUGCGAGAGAACAUUGACCCUGUUGGCGAGCAUCAGGAUGUUGAUAUAUGGACUGCUCUGGAACAUGUCCGUCUUUGAAGCCCAUCUGAAGGCAUAUGUCGAUUCACUCCCUGGGGGACUAGAUGCUCCGGUUCAGGAGGCCGGAUCAUCACUUUCAGCAGGUCAGAGACAGCUCUUGUGUUUCGCGAGGGCGCUCUUGCGCAAGACUAAAGUGCUCGUCCUCGACGAAGCAACAUCUGCAGUUGACCUAGAUACCGACCGAGCGAUUCAAGAAAUUAUCCGGGGUCCAAUCUUCCGUGAUGUGACCAUUCUAACUAUUGCGAUGAUUCUUGUUCUAGAUGCUGGGAGGAUUGCAGAAUUUGAUACUCCAAAGAAGCUGCUGGAGAACAAGAGUUCUAUCUUUCCGUUCUAUGGCGAUGGAGGCUGGUCUAGCUCAGGUCCAGCUUGA